GCAAGACUGUCCAUUCCAUUCAUUACGUAAUGUGGAAUGCCUCGUUUGUAGUUUGUUAGUGUAAUCAAAAAAUCUAACCUGUGAGUGGGUGUGUUAAAGACUACAGUGUUUUAGAAAAAUGAGAGCUGUUCUACAAAGAGUGCAAAAUGCUACGGUCACAGUUGAUGACUUGGUGGUGUCUGCCAUCGGCACUGGAUUGGUGGCUUGGAUUGGCUUUGGGGCCCAAGACACUAACGAUGAUCUAAAUUACAUGGUCAACACCCUUCUGACGACGAGAUUCUACCACGCAGAACACAGCACGCAGAGAUGGACUCGGACGGUGAUGGACAAAGGUCAGGAGUUGCUGAUCCUCAGCCAGAUCAGCCUGUACUCUAUGGUGUACUUGGACAAACCGUUCUUCUAUCAGGCAAUGGGCGCCCGCAGGUCCAAGUCUCUGUACGAACGCUUCAUAAAAAGUUUGAAAAGAAGAUACAAGUCAGACAAGAUACGAGAGGGCAGAUUUGGAGCAGGCUACACAGUUUCCAUCCAGUCCAAAGGACCUGUGUUCAUCAUAGAGAGUCCCUACAGUCCCCAAUACGGGGGAGCCGGAGGUCCCCCUCCCCCUGGUCCCUACAAGCUCCCCGCUGCCAGAGGGGCACCAUCAUACGGAGCACCCCCGUAUUAUGGAGCACAAGCACCUCCGCAGAGUUACAGUGCUCCACAGACUUAUGGGGCUGCUCCACCUCCAUAUGGAGCACCCCCACCCUACGCUCCUCCUUAUGGGGCUCCUUCAUAUUCCUACGGGGCUGCGCCUUCGUACAACACUCCCUCCAGACAAUCUCAAACCCCGUACAAUCAGUAUCCUGCGUACAACUACUCUUACCAGCCCCAACCACCCAAGCCCUACUCUGAUUACCCUAAUUAUUAG